AUGCAGCUUCUCGCCCUUCUCAUCGCCACAUGCGCUCCAGCUCUGGUCGCUGCCGGCCGGAAACCAGGUGAAAUUUGUGCCCCCUACCCCGGCGGGUUCUGUGAAGAAGGCCUUAAGUGUGUCUCAUGUCGCGCUGGCCUCCCCGGUGCCCCCGGAGUGUGCGCUUACCGUGACCCAUGCAGCCGCGAUGAUGAUGACGAUGUCUGGCACCGGUGGUAA